AUGGCCAAAAAGCGGUUAACAAAGUCAAAAUCGUUAAGCAAAUCAGGAUCAUGCGCUGGAGCAGAAACAAGGGAGGAGAAAGAAAAAGACAUUUCGGCGGCUAAAAGUAAAAAGCACCUGAACUCUCCAAAGAGAGAGAAAAAUAGAGCUCCCAAGUUGAAUGAAUGCAAACCACUGUCAGAAAAGGUUAAUGUAUCUGGAACUGCAACCACUAGUGGCGGAAAGGAUAGUAUUGUUUGGAGAGAGUUGCAUUUCAACAAUGAUAGUCCAACACAAGCAUCACUGGAAUCUCCGUUUGUCUUCAAGGAGGCGACAAAAUCCCCAAGAAGCAGCGUAUGUGAUAUGCAAUUAAAUGCGAUGUUUGAGACAACCACACAGAAUAAAGGAGCGUUUAUGCACGCGACUCUAAGUAGUAAAAGCAUGAGAAACGAUAGUUAUGUUUCAACAAUGUCACGAAGGCCCAGUCGCGUGUCAAGUUUCACAUCCUAUAGUAGUAUUGAUAAUGGAUAUGAAGUUACUUAUUCUCCCAUGCAAGCAUUCGAAGAAGCCCAGUCACCACGCAUUGUUGGAAGGGAUUUGGAUCUGGAAAUAGAACAAGACCAGAUCGCAUUCCCCGCUCUAAGUUUAAAUGAGAGGACACUAUUAAGACUUAAAGUAGCCAAUCUACUGAACUUUUGUGAAAAUGGCGCAAAGAAGUCUAACGAGACAAUCAUCGGUGACAAACCAAAUGCGGCAAGAGGGUGGGAUAAUGUACCAUCAUGUUGCAUGGCAUACUCUUUACAGAAUAACAACAAAUACCCACCAAACGAGGUAUAUGAAAUCAGGGAACUAGCCAUGAAACUCAAAUAG